AUGCAUUUCCCCAAAAAAAAGCAUUCCGGAAAUCUCUCCGUGGUGGAAUUGCCGAAGGAAGCUCUCCAAGAUUCUUUAACUGCUGCUCAGAUUACUUUCAAGAGAUAUGCCCACCCCAAUGGCAAUGCCGGUAGCGCAGAGAGGCCGAGACAUCUAAAGGUGGAAUCUGCGCCUGUCGUGAAAUCUGAGCCUUCUUUGCCGAGGAUGAGACAACCGGAACCGAGAAGUAUAAAUCAUCAAUACUCUAGGGAAACGCUUCCAGGCCAUUCUGAAGCCUUUUCCGUACCGACGACUCCUCUGCAGACAAUCCAUUAUGAUGUAAGGAAUAAAGCGUCAAAUUCGCCAAGUAGUAUAGCAGCUGCAGAGACAGCUGCAUACCUAGCCCACACAAAUUCAUUUAGUAACAGAUCAUCCGGUGUCGGCAGCCGGGAUCCAGUUAUGGAUACUGAAACAAAACCGCCACGUGCUCCUUCAGCCUUGAAAAAUGAGCUGCAAUUGAACAGAAUGAGGAUACCUCCGCCGUCAUAUGAUAAUAAUGUUCGUUCACGAUCUAUUUCGCCACAAGUAUCCUACUCUACCUCGCUGUCAUCAUCGUGUUCCAUAAGUUCCGAUGGAGAAGAAACUUCUUAUAGAGAAAAAAGCACCGAUGAGGCAUUUCCUCCUGAACCUUCCAUGUCUUCUUAUAGUCUUGCGUCCAAAGCCUCAGCAAAGGCUUCUCUAACGGACCCCUCACAGCGGCAGCAAGAGUCAGACUAUACGGCAAUGAAUAAACUCAAUGGAGGAAAUAUAAUAUAUAAAGGCACUUUACCCGACCUAAUACCGCGAAGCCAAAGGAAGACAAGUAAACCCAGGUUCAAGCACAGGCUUUUACGAUCACCUGAGCAGCAGCAAGAAAACUUAUCACGUGUGUAUUCGGACCAAACGCAGAAUGGUAGGGCAAUCAUAAACACGCAGCAAAAUGUAAAGUUAAAGACAACUAUGAGGCGCGGGAAGUACGCAAUUACAGACAAUGAUGAAACUUUUCCCUACGACAGAAAGUCUGUAUCAUCAGACUCAGACACAGAUGAAGAUUCUAAUGUGAUGGAAAUCAAGGACAAGAAGAAGAAAAGUCGUCGCUCUAAGAUAAAGAAGGGGUUGAAAACAACAGCAGCUGUAGUUGGGAGUAGUACCUCUGUCCUUCCGUUCCCUCAUCACCAUCAUCAUCACCAUCAGCUCCAUAACCCGAAUUCUCAUCACUUACACACGCACCAUCAUACAAGUUCUCACAAAUUCAAUGAAGAUAAACCGUGGAAAUCUCAUAGAGAUCUCGGGUUUAUUACCGAACAAGAAAGAAAAAGAUACGAGUCUAUGUGGGUAUCAAACAGAUACUCGUAUUUGCGCUUGCUGCCGUGGUGGCCCUCUCUCGCGAAUGAAGACGACGAGUCUCACUUACAGCCCUUAAAUUUACCGCAAGACGGCCUGAUGCUUAACUUAGUCGUAAAAGAUAUAUGGUAUCGAUCAAACCUACCCAGGGAUCUUCUAGUGCAAAUAUACAAUAUGGUCGACACAAGAAAAGACGGUACCUUAGACAGAAAAUCGUUUAUAGUGGGCAUGUGGCUGGUUGAUCAAUGUCUCUAUGGCCGAAAGCUAACGAAUGAGCUGGACCAGAGAGUUUGGAAUAGCGUUGACGGCUAUGUUCUCGGUACAAUUAACGUGAAGCCUGCCACUUCCGAUCACUAUCACAACGCUAAUAACCCUCUAGAUAAGCCAUCAAAGCUUUCAGUCCGACAGGAAUUGAAAAACAUCAAACGCGAUCUCAGAAAUGUCAGAAUAUGA